GGAAGCAAAACAUUUAUAGCCUCCCCCUCCCUGAGUUUGGGCGCUGUUUCACCCAGCCCCAUUCCCGCCUUUGACAUCACGGGGAGGCUCCUGGCUGGGCACGGUCUGCGCGCUCUCUCCUCCUGCCUCCCUCAGCUGAUCCUUUCACCCAAACAAACAAUGGAUUCCGACUCGGACUCACCUUUCAACUACUCCUGGCCUUCCUUCCCCAAGAUGAAGAUCCGGCGGCGCAGGGCAUCCAAGAAAGAUCACUCCUUUGAGGACCUCAAAAACUCCAAGCAUGCUGCAACGCCCCUUGCUGCAGGCCAGCUCUCUGACGUGCUGAAUGGGGGUGAUGAAAUCUAUGCUAACUGUAUGGUGAUCGAUCAGGUUGGCGAUUUGGAUAUCAGCUAUAUAAACAUAGAAGGACUCUCUGCCCAUACCAGCCCCGAAUCUGUGAGGUGCACCCUGGGGCCUCAGGCUUGCAAGCACCUCCCGCCUUCUGACAUCAGUCCCUGUGGGCACCCACUUGGUGAGGACAGUGAGGGGACGGUGAACACCACAACUCCGCAGCCUUGCAUGUCACCAGUCAGCUCUCGCACGUCCAGCUUGAACCUUCCUUUUGGUCUCCAUGAAUUUGAGAAGGAGCAGGGUCUUCUCAAGAAAAGAAGUUCUAGCCUGGAUGCUCUGGGUGCCGACAGUGAAGGGGAAGAGCGUUCUGAGCCCCGCCCCUGCUACGCUGUGGGCUCUCAGAGUUCCCCAAGAACUGGGCUUCCCAGUGGGGAUGAACUGGACUCUAUUGAGACCAACGCUGAACCAGAUUGUAGUAUCUCCAGGACCGAAUCACUUUCUCUGUCAAAUAAUCUGCAUCCAAAGGAGUCCUUGCUUUCUGGAAUCCGAUCGCGCUCAUAUUCCUGCUCAUCACCCAAAAUCUCUUCAGGAAAAUCCCGGCUGGUGCGUGACUUCACAGUGUGCAGCUCCAGUGAAGAACAGAGAUCGUAUAGUUUCCCGGAGCCACCAGGAGAAAAAAGAAUUCAGGAAGAAGAAUGGGACGAAUACAUCAUUCCUGCCAAAUCGGAGUCUGAAAAGUACAAAGUGAGCCGAACGUUCAGCUUCCUAAUGAACAGGAUGACCAGCCCUCGGAACAAAUCUAAGAUGAAAAACAAGGACACCAAAGACAAAGAAAAACUGAAUCGGCAUCAGUUUGUCCCCGGAACAUUCUCUGGGGUUCUGCAGUGUUCGGGUUGUGAUAAAACACUCCUGGGGAAAGAGUCACUCCAGUGUGCCAAUUGUAAGGCAAACACGCACAAGGGCUGCAAGGACGCUGUGCCUCCAUGUACCAAGAAAUUCCAAGAACAAUACAACAAGAACAAGCCAAAAACCAUCCUUGGAAGCUCCUCAGUUAGAGACAUCCCACAGCCUGGGCUCUCCUUGCACCCUUCCUCCUCCAUGCCCAUCGGACUACCAGCUGGAAGGAAGGAAGCCGCAGGGCAGGUGCACCCACUGUCCAGAAGUGUCCCAGGCACCACUUUGGAAAGCUUCAGGAGGUCAGUGACAUCCUUGGAGUCUGAGGGAGACGGUAACGGAUGGAGAAGCAGGUCUCAUUCAGAUGAGCUGUUCCAGCCUAUGGGCCCUUCUCCUUCCACGGAGUCGUUCGUGAUGGAAGACGUUGUGGAUUCUUCUCUGUGGAGCGACCUCAGCAGUGACGCUCAGGAGUUUGAGGCAGAGUCUUGGAGUCUCGUGGUGGACCCUUCCUUCUGCAGUAGGCAGGAGAAGGAUGUCAUCAAAAGGCAAGAUGUCAUUUUUGAGCUGAUGCAGACAGAGGUACACCACAUCCAGACCCUGCUCAUCAUGUCUGAGGUCUUCAGGAAGGGCAUGAAGGAGGAGCUGCAGCUGGACCACAGCACGGUGGACAAGAUCUUCCCCUGCUUAGAUGAGCUGCUGGAAACGCACAGGCAUUUCUUCCUCAGCAUGAAGGAGCGCAGGCUGGAAUCCUGCACUGGCAGUGACAGGAAUUUUGUGAUCAGCAGAAUUGGAGAUAUUCUGGUACAACAGUUUUCAGAAGAAAAUGCAAGCAAAAUGAGGAGGAUCUACGGGGAAUUCUGCAGCCACCACAAAGAAGCCAUGGGCCUCUUUAAAGAGCUCCAGCAGAACAAAAAGUUCCAGAAUUUUAUUAAGAUCCGGAAUAGCAACCUUUUGGCUCGCCGCCGAGGAAUUCCAGAGUGCAUCCUGCUUGUCACCCAGCGCAUCACAAAAUACCCGGUUUUGGUGGAAAGGAUCCUACAGUACACAAAGGAAAGGACCGAAGAACACAGAGACCUGUGCAAAGCUCUGGGCUUGAUUAAAGACAUGAUCGCAGCCGUGGACCUAAAAGUCAAUGAAUAUGAGAAGAACCAGAAAUGGCUUGAGAUCCUAAAUAAGAUUGAGAACAAAACAUACACAAAGCUCAAAAACGGCCACGUGUUUAGAAAGCAGGCCCUGAUGAGCAAGGAAAGGGCACUCCUGCACGACGGGCUUGUGUACUGGAAAACCGCCACAGGCCGUUUCAAAGAUAUCCUAGCUCUGCUUCUGACCGAUGUGCUGCUCUUCCUACAAGAAAAAGACCAGAAGUACAUCUUUGCAGCUGUUGACCAGAAGCCCUCGGUUAUCUCUCUUCAGAAGCUCAUUGCCAGAGAAGUUGCCAAUGAGGAGAGGGGCAUGUUUCUGAUCAGCGCUUCAUCCGCUGGUCCCGAGAUGUACGAAAUCCACACCAACUCCAAGGAGGAACGAAACAGCUGGAUGAGGAGGAUCCAGCAGGCGGUCGAGAGCUGUCCAGAAGAAGAAGGAGGAAGGACAAGUGAGUCUGAUGAAGAGAGGCGGAAAGCCGAAGCCAGAGUGGCCAAAAUUCAGCAGUGUCAAGAAAUCCUCAGUAACCAAGACCAGCAGAUUUGCACAUAUCUGGAAGAAAAGCUGCAUAUCUAUGCCGAACUUGGGGAACUGAGUGGCUUUGAGGACGUCCACCUAGAACCCCACCUGCUCAUCAAGCCUGACCCCGGAGAGCCCCCCCAGGCAGCCUCCCUGCUGGCAGCAGCCCUGAAAGAAGCUGAGAGUCUACAAGUUGCUGUGAAGGCUUCGAAGAUGGGCGAAGUUAGCCAAUCACCUGAAGAAGGCUCUGAAGGGGCUGUGCCGACUGAUGUGCUCGGUUCACAGGAUGUACCAGCAUCGCCAACUGCUUCACUAGUCACAGAAGGGACAGAAGAAAGAGGCUGCUGGGAUGUGGAUCCCGGGCUCCAGGGUGUGGUAACCGACUUGGCAGCCUCUGAUGCAGGGGAGAAGGUGGAAUAUAGAAGUUUCCCAGCUUCUUCACAGUCAGAGAUUAUACAGGCGAUACAGAAUUUAACGCGGCUCCUCUAUAGCCUUCAGGCUGCCUUGACCAUCCAGGACAGCCACAUUGAGAUCCACAAGCUGGUUCUACAGCAGCGGGAGAGCUUGGCCCCUAGCCAUUCCUUCCGAGGUGGCCCCUUGCAGGACCAGGAGAAAUCCCGUUACCUGGAGAAGCAGCGGGAAGAGUUGGCCAACAUCCACAAGCUUCAGCACCAGUUCCAACAGGAGCAGAGGCGCUGGCACCGCACGUGCGACCAGCAGCAACGCGAGCAGGAAGCCCAAGAGAGCUGGCUGCAGGCGAGAGAACGGGAGUGCCAGACCCAGGAGGAGCUGCUACUGAGCCACCGUAGGGAGCUGGACCACCAACUCCAGGAGUACCAGCAGAGCCUCGAGCGGCUGCGGGAGGGCCAGCGGAUGGUGGAGAGGGAGAGACAGAGGAUGCGCGUCCAGCAGGGUCUGCUGGGCCACUGCAAGCACAGUCGCCAGAGGAGCCUCCCUGCUGUCUUCUCUCCAGGGAACAAGGAGGCAGUGGAACUUAAUCGAGCUGAGAGUUUGUGUCAUGAAAACUCAUUUUUCAUCAACGAAGCUUUAGUACACACGUCCCUUAACCCUUCCAAUACACCGACUCCAUCAAGUGUCCCCUGGGAUGCCCACCCGCCAGGUAUAUCUCAUUUUGAUUUGGUGAGGACUAGUGACAAUCAAACAGAACUGGAGAUAGACAUUUCUCAGUCUUCAGAUGUCAACCAUGAACUCUGGACAGCAACAGGGCCGGGCCAUCUCCAAGAAAGCAGCAAGGAUUCUUGUAGAAAUGUGAGUGAUGUGGACUCCUCCCAGAACAAAUCUCCAGAUCCCCAGGACUCAAAGCAACAUGGCCCUCCACCACAGACUCUCCUAACAGAAGCAAAACCAACUCUCCUGAGGGUGGCCAGACACGGUGCAGUUGCUGGAGAUGGAACCGAAGAAAACAUUGUUUACCUCUGAUCGUGUGGUCAUUUGUUUUUCCCAGCAAACAGGCAGAACCACUGGCACUUUGAGGACUUCCC